CUCUUAGGAUGAAAGUACAAGGAUGUAUAGAAAAGUGAUUGAUUUCAGAGGUACACCAAAUGAAUUGGGUGCUCGUGUUCUUGACCGUUAUAAAAUUUCCAAGAUACGAGCUGAAAAGUUGUCAACCUUGCACCAGAUAUAUUCUGAAAAUAAAUCAACGAGUGAUGCUUCUAAUACAUCUGGCUUGAAACACAUAAAAGAGCUUUUACUAGGAAAACGGACAAAUCAUGCUUUCCGCAUGGUUGUCAUUGGGGAUUCCCAUAUUAAAGUGGAUGAAAUUGGUGUGCCAGUUCAUAUCGCAGGGAACCUGUUGGUACAGGACCAUUUAAAUGUGUGGAAUUGGGAUAGACUAGAACCCUGCUGCGAUUUCAUGCUUUAUCAGAAGGGUGAAAUUUCUGUUCUUAGAAAGGGUAAGAAAAUUUGUAUUAGGUCUAAGUACUCACUGGAGGGAGGAGAUAUUAUAUACAGGCCUCUCAUUGAUGGAGAUAUUUUGUUGAUUAAUAGGCCUCCUUCUAUUCACCAGCAUUCCCUUAUUGCUUUAUAUGUCAAAAUUCUUCCAACAAAAUUUGUCCUCUCUGUCAAUCCUAUUAUUUGUUCUCCACUUCGAGGAGACUUUGAUGGAGAUUGUCUUCAUGGUUAUGUUCCUCAAUCAGUAGAUUCUAGAAUAGAGUUGAAUGAACUUGUUGGUCUUGAUAAACAACUGAUCAAUGGACAGAGUGGUCAAAACCUCUUGUCCCUUAGUCAUGAUAGUCUAACUGCAGCACAUUUAAUCCUGGAGGAUGGGGUUUUUCUGAAUAAGUUUGAAAUGCAACAGCUGCAAAUGUAUUGUCAUCGUCAGUUGCAAUUGCCAGCUAUUAUGAAAUCAGCUUCGUUAGAGACUUCUUUGUGGACAGGAAAACAAUUAUUUAGCUUGCUUUUACCUUCAGAAUUUGAGUUUGUUUUUCCAUCUAACAACGUCCACAUCAGUAAAGGAGAGCUUAUAACAUCUCCUCGCGGGUCUUCAUGGCUACGUGACAGCAAAGGCAACCUGUUCGCCUGUCUUCUCAGACAUCACCGCUAUGAAACUCUUGACUUCCUGUUUGCCGCACAGGAAGUUCUUUGUGAGUGGUUGUCAAAGAGGGGAUUGAGUGUUUCGUUGUUAGACCUUUGCCUUUCUUCUGAUCCAUACUCUCAGAAGAAUCUUAUUGACGAAGUCGUGUGUGGUUUGCAAGAAGCAGAGAGGUUAUCAAAUAUAAGGUUACUUAUGGUGAGUUAUAACCAAGAUUUCCUUGUUGAAAGCUCUGAAGAGAAUGAAAAUGCAGUGAAUUUUGGAAAGAAAUACUUGUCUAUUGCACAGCAGAAGUCAUUGAAGUGGAGUGAUUUGGUAUUAGAAUCAUCAAGGUUUAGAAAAUUAGUUUUAGAGCUGCUUGUUUGUAAAAAUUGUGAAGGUGCUGCAUUCAAUCCUCAUGAAUAUUGCGUAUCAAAUUUAUCUUUUGACGUCUUUGAGAUACUAUGUACAGCCGAACAUAGGGAUGGCAAUGGGCCACGAAUGAGACGGGUUGGUCAUUCUCACCCCAUCCUAUUGGAUUUGCAUGCAGACUUGGACGUUAAAUGUACUGCAGUGCUGGUAACCUGGCUUUGA